GAAGAGGUGACGUUGCGAGAGAGUUAUUCAAAGUGUCAUCACUCUCCCGACGUGGGUUUUCUCUGCUUGGGUCCCUCCUUUGUCUCCCUUCCCUUCUCUCUCAUCCUUUUCUUUUAUAUAUAUAUAUAUACACACACAUCUCUCCUCAUUCUCAUUCUCCUAUCUCACUUUCUCUCUCUCUUUCACUACCAUUUUCCUGGUUUUUCAAUUUUCACUCCAAAAAAUCUCAACACUCCGCCAUGUCAGCUUCUGCUAUUGUCACCGCCACCUCCAAUUCCGACGUCGUUUUACUAAUCAAUAACAACAACACCAAUCAACAACAACAACUACCGGCUUCCGCUUCGCUUAGCCGCUACGAGUCGCAGAAGCGGCGUGACUGGAACACGUUCGGGCAGUACCUGAAGAACCACCGUCCUCCGCUCACGCUCUCACGGUGCAGUGGAGCACACGUGCUUGAGUUCCUUCGCUACCUCGACCAGUUUGGGAAGACUAAGGUUCACGCCGACACGUGUCCUUUCUACGGCCAGCCACACCCGCCGGCUCCUUGCUCCUGCCCACUCAAGCAAGCCUGGGGCAGCCUCGACGCGCUCAUUGGAAGGCUCCGGGCAGCCUUCGAGGAGAACGGUGGGCAGCCCGAAACAAACCCAUUCGGUGCACGCGCUGUAAGACUGUACUUGCGUGAGGUGAGGGACUCUCAAGCCAAAGCUAGAGGAAUAGCUUAUGAGAAAAAAAAGAGAAAGAAGCCAGUGCAACAACUACUACAACAACAACAACACCAAGGUAUGAUCAGUACGACACCGUUUCAUCAGUCAAUGCCCUCAGCGUUCACCAACACGUAUCAUCCUAAUCUUGUUGUUGACCAAUCUCAGGCCAAUAAUGGCAUGGUUGGAUCGGGUAGUUCUUCUUCAAAUGGUAGAACCUCUUUGAGCUCAAUGAUACCUCUCUCAGUGUUAAACUAGCUUAUUAUAUAUAUAAUUAUAACAAGUAUAAUACACAUAUGCUUGUUAUUAGCUCGCUUUAGCUUUCAUAUGAUCUAUAUCUAUCUAUAUAAUCAUAUAUGCACUUUUUUUUUGUUGUUAUUUUGGGAGUUAUAUUAGUAGUGUUUAAUUAAAUGGGUAGCUAUAUAGUAAGAUCUUUAGAUAGAUAGAGAUGUAUAAUUUUGGGCAGUGUUUUUUUUUUUUUUACCAUUUGGGUCUAGAUGGGAUGAUGUGAUUUGAACACUGUCUGCCUUAAAUGUUAUGAUCAUAUUAUUUUAAGCAAUAUUUGGGUAUCUUUGCCCUCA